UUUAACGUUCAAGAAUCAAAAAUUUCCAUUAACCUCUGUACUUCUAAAAUGAUGUUUCCAAUAUAAAAUACAGUUAAAUAUUCAGCUUAUUUUUCUGCAAUAUCAGACUCGUAAUGAAUUCAACAUGGUCCCGAUUCAAUCCAAUCGAUCCCAGCGCGAAGCAGAAAGAAACCUUCCACGCCAACAUACUUCAAGAAUUCCUAAGAACAAAUGGAUUCUACUCGAGCAGAAAUAUAAAUAUUUCCGAAAACUCGUCGGAAACGACGACGAAUGAAAAUCAUCUAACAGAGAAGGAAGUAAAAAACGAAAUACAGGAAAUACACGUCGAGAUGACCUCGCAGAGUGUCACUCGUCUUCAGGGUGAAAAUAUCUCGGAAAAUAGCGGUGUUCUUAGAGUGUACUCGAAAACGACCCUUAAAGGGAAGAAAUUAAAUGAGAAUAAAUCUUUGAAAGAAGAGAAACUAGAGAUGCCAUCUAGAAUUAACGAAGCUCCGGAAGUAGAUGAUAAAUUAAGAAGUUCUUAUUGGUGGACGGAAGAAGGAUCUGUUUCUUCUGAUAAAAAGGAUAAGGAUCAAUUUCCAGUUAGAGAAAUAAAGAAAACGGAGGAUCGAAUUAUUGCGGAUGGUCUCUUCAGCUAUCCCCCCGAGGUGGUCGAAAUUUAUUUCAGCAAUAAAGAUACCGAGCCUUCUAUGAGAACUCUUCCAAAAGAAGAGGACGAAUGUCGUGCGUCAAAUUCUGGGGAAAGUAUUUUAGGAUGUCUAUUUUCUGGGAUGAACUCGAGGAUCAUCGACGAAGAAACGUGUUCCGUUCGUAAUGUACAGAAAAUUGAAGAAUCCGGUUCAUUGGAUACAGAUAAGUUUGUUGAACCCAUUCGAGAGGAGUGUCUGAAUGAAAUAGAAAAUAGUAUAAAUCCUGAGAUAAAUGAAAAAGAAGAUGUAGAAACCAAGGAUUUGUUGAGAAGUGACGUGAAAAAAGAAGAACGUUCAGCUGAAGAAUUAAAUUUGCAGAAUUUAUGUGGAAAAAAUGAAGAUUCUAAUGUUAUUCAAACAGAAAUCGUUGAGAGUAAUGAAAUUUCAGUGGAACCGAAUGAAAGAAAAAGUUCAAAAUCUACCUUGACAUCCGAGGAAUCCGGCGAUUCCAAAUACUCCAAAAGUGAUUUAUCAUCGUUGGAAAAUGUGACGAUACUACAAAACGAAGAGAAAUUGAACUGUAAAGAAGAAAAUUCGAACGUGGAUUCGUCAGAAGAGAAUAAAACGAAGAAAAUGAUUGAGAAACGAGAAGAUAAAAAGGACGAUUUUAAUACAAAUGCUGAUAAAGACAUCUUGCAAAAAGAAGAAGAAAAUUUUCAAGAUUCUUCGAAUGAAAUGAUGAGAAUCCAGAUCGAGGAUCCUAAGACUGGAAUGAUUACCCAGAAAACAACGCAAAUUAUUGAUGAUUAUAAAGAUAUGAAUAUAUGUAAAAUGUUAGCUAGCAUUCACGAACAAUUAACUCAUGAUUUACAACGAAUGAAAUAUAUCGAAACAAAAUUGAUAGGAACAGUUUCGAUAGAUUCAAUCAAUCACACAAUGACGUUACAAUUGUUGGACAAAACUGUGGCAAGGUGUAAGAGUUAUCUUCAUGGCUCAAACAACAGUCAAAAAGCUGAGUUAGAAAUAAAGAAGAUCCUUAUGAAACACGGGAUUAAAUUAAUGAUGGCUGUGAAUAAGAAUAAAGCUGCUUUGGAUAAGCAAGAAGAACGUCUCAAUCAAGUGCAGUUUAAACCAUUGAAGAAUAGCCGAUAUAACAUUACUAUGUUGAUGGAGAUCAAAUUAUCUUUGAAUUACUGGAAAGAAGAAAUAGUAUGUUUAAUUGAACUGAUCUCGGAUUUGGUUAAAAUGGUGAUAAUUAAUAACGAGGAAAAGGAAAAUGUUAAAAAUCUACAAAAAUAUAAGACUACCCAUCAUCGUACAGCGAACUAUGUCCCUACUCAUGAUACAAAAUCGAAAUCAGGAAGCGUGCGAUCGAAGAUUAGAAAAAUAAAUCUGUUUAAGAAAGAGAGCACGGUUGAGACUCAAAUAUCUCUCGCUUCGAAUGCGAAAAGUUCCGUGAAACCUUUAAGCAAUUCCGUGAAUCGAGAAAGAGGAAAGAUUCAUAACGAUGGCCAAAUCGGUGAUACGAAAACGACGGAAAGAGGAAGAAUUGCGAAAGAAUCGUCCCAAAGCAAGAACCGUGUAAUUAGCACUCAACAACCAGUUUGGAAACCAGGUGGAAUAGUUAAGAUUCCUUCUUCGAAUAGCGCGACCACGUUACAGAAAGCUCGUUCAAAUGUCAAGGAAAAAAUCAACCUGUUCGCCGAACAUACAAGAGCAUCGAAUGUAUCAAAAAAGAAAAUCACCAGCGAUGUUUCAUCCGUGAGAAGCAUGUUCAAUCCUAGGAUCGUUGGGAAAAGAAGUAACACUAGUUUGAGGGUCAGUCCCAGGAUGAAACCAAAAGGAGGGACUGUAAGAGCCUCGUCAAGAAACUUCAAUGAAUUUAUGCGUCAGAUUCCAGGAUAUCCUAACUCGAAAUACGGCGACAGUAGAUCCUUGCACGACGAGGCUCGUCCAAGGAAUUUUAAAGAAUCGAAACCUUUCGGUACGUUGAAAGAGACCAUCGAACCCCCGAAAAUGUAUGAAAAAGAAGAGAUGAAUCCUAGAAACAUAAUAAAUUUGUAUCGCUUACCUGUUGCCUUUGAACAACCUUCGAAAUCAAUUUUAAUUAAAAAAGAGAAAGAAGAAAUUCCUAUUAAUAAAGAAGAACCAACGAGGGACGUGAAUUCCAGUAGAUACAUAAGAAAUCAUCUUAAUCCUAGCAAUAUGAUAGAUGCAAACCAUCAAACAGUAGAUCAAAUUUCAGAUAGUUUAUUCAAUCCUGAAGAAGCUUUGGAUUUAUCGAAACACGUAUCGAGAAAGUUUGAAAAUCAUAUCGAUGCAAAUGGUUUUCCAAAUAUCGUUUCUAUAGCUAAUUGCGUGGAAGAUUUUAGUUCGAAUUACAAUUGUACAACCAGAAUCGAAGUUUCAAGCCGUUAUCAGUCAUCGUACAACACCGUUUCAUCGUCGAGUACUCAAAAUCAGGCAAAGAAGGUGAACGAUAGAUUAAGUUCAUCGAUUCGCAACGAAGAAAAUCAAACCGACACUUUAAUCAACGAAAAACAAAAGAUCAAACCGAAUUCUCACGCAGUGUCGUUGAGCAUGUUGAAGGAGUUUCUUUGCGAACAAGGAAUCGGCGCUGAUUUGGUGAACAGAGCUGAACAAGAGUUGAAAGUUAAGCAGAAAACUCGUAGACAUUCGAAGAAGAAGUCGAUCAGUUUUGCGGAUAUGCUUUUCAGUGUUGAAGAUGAUCAACCUUUGGAUAAUGUUUUAAAAGAUGAAAAUUUGGGGUACAUGUUGGAGAAGCAGGAAGAAAAUAUUAUUAUUAAUGAAAAGAAUUCGGAGAACAGUGAAAGCCACGAAGAAGAAAAUGUUAUUAAUUCUAAGAAGAAUUUAAUGUACCCGGAAAUUCAUGAGGAAGAAGAUGUUAUUAAUAGUGGAAAAAGUUUAAAAUAUACAGAAAAUGUUAAUUAUGAAAAGAAUUUAAGCGAUGCAGAAAAUCCCGAAGAAGACAAUAGUAAUUCUGAAAAUAACUUAAAGCGGCCAGAAAAUUCCAAAGAAAAUGAAUCGAAUUUGCCAUCGAAACACACAGAAGACUACAAAACUAACAUUGCAAAGUGUCCUCCGCAACCGGAAACGAAGGACGCUUCAUCCGGUACCGAGUACAACACGAACAACGCUUCUUCCCAAACUAAUUUCCAAAACGAAAGUCGGCAGCGUUUGCAAAUCGUUCCUAAAGACCUACGAAUGGUAGAGACACAAACGGAAACGAAGCAAGAGGAGCGCGUGAGAAAUUUAACCAACGAAGUCAGAAACGUGUCCUCGAUGACGGAGACACUUCCGGUUAGAGACAGUUCCACGGAAACUACCAAUGUCUCUUGCGCAUCUAAAUCCGUGGCCACUGAACAAAUUGACUAUAUUUUCUCGAAGAAUUUUAACAAGAACUUGAAAGAAGCUUUCUCUAAUGUUUCUAACGAAGACAAUAAAAAUUCGUCGAAAAGUUGUCGCAAUGUCUUUCGACAGUUGUUGAAUCAGAUGAAAGAGAAUGAAUGUUCGAGCUGCGAAAGGAAUGAUGCGUCAAAGGAAUUACGUUUCGUCGAAUCAAAUGCGUCAACGCUGUGCACUUCCUCGAGUUCUUCUUCUUCGGAAUCCCUGAAGAAUAAUGAAGAGACAACGAAAGAAGCAAACACUUCACCGAUUCGAAGUGUCUCCAGUGAAACUAUGGCAGCUUUCCAUGUGACUGCUAUCAGAAUUCGAAAUAUAUACAAAGCCAUCGACAUCUACAAGCGGAAGUUGAAGGAGAAGCAGAAGAAAGCUGAAAAGGGAUCAACUGAGAAAAGAUUAAAAAUUUGUGAAGGGAGACCUACUUACGUGACUAAGAGCAGUAGCGUCGAUACUAUUUUCACUAAAAAGGAUAAUGGUAAAAAUGGCGCCAUCCAAAUGUACGAGGCAUUGAGGCGAGCGGAAGUUGAAUCAAUUUUCACCAACGAAUCUCCGGAUGAAGAUUUUGAAAGUAUUCAAUCGUCAUCGUCAACCACGUGGUCUUAUAAAACUACCGCUGGGAAGGUUGAACUAAAACUUUCUGGAAAAUUGUCAGACACUAUCGUUUUGAGAGAUGUAAAAUCAUUGAUGGAGUUUUUAAUUCAGAAAACAGAGGAUUCCACGAUGGAAAAGAAGGUGUCUGUUCGAAAAAUUUCAAAUAAUACAUGCACCAGAUUACAGGAUAAUGAAACUGUUAAAUUUUCUAUAUUCUCCAGGGAAAAUGUGUUACCUUUAAUUUAUGGUGUUAUGUGUUUAAUUGUUUUCUGCUGUUUGCGUUUCACAAUCACCUGCGAUGUUGUUUCGUGAUUCUAUUGUUAUUUCUUUUGUAUAAAUGUUUUGUUAGAUUUGUAUUUUGUAG